AUGAGGAGGCGGAUUUCGCCGCCCAAAGCGACUCAGCAGCGGGUCAUGGCCGGCGAUUCCUCUGCUCGGAGGCCAUCCGUGGAGGCCAAGUCGUAUGAACCGGAGGGUGUCAGGCGUGUUUCCGGGGGGAUGACACACCUGAACACGGGGGCUCAGCCGAUGGCGUGCCCUUUUCCACAAGGUGGUUGCGUCAUGCGCCACGACAGCUUUGGGCCUUCCCGUUUUGGCAGCUUUUGCGGUGGGAUGGGCUCGAUGGGACCAAUGGGGUUCCAAAACGCUUUCCCCGGAAGCAUGUAUGGUUUAAUGGGCUCAGCUUAUGGUAGCAUGGGGCCCGGACGAAUCCCAAGCAUGGGCGGUUCCUUCAUGUUCAGGGGCAUGGAUGGCAGGAUGCCGGGAUACAUGAGUGAUGUAUAUUCUAGCGCCUAUGGCAGCUUUCGAUUUUCAAACAACGUAUCAAUGUAUCCUAUGCAGAAUGGUAGCUUUAUGGGCAGCCUCAAUGGCUCCUUUUACGGCCCUAGAGGUGUUGGCUCGAUAAUGAAUGCUUCCUUGUAUGACAAUUCUUAUAUGAACAACAGCUUUUACAAGGCACCUAUUUCAGGGCAAACCAGCAGUUACGGACUCGCGGCGCAGUGGUCCAGUUUGGCUGACAUGAGCGGCCUUAAUCGUCAGAAUGAACUUGCGACGAGCGACUACGGUGGGUUCCAAUCGGGAUCCCAUUAUCGAUUUGAUGACCUGUAUCCGAAAUACGAGCAGGAUACUUCUGUUAUUGUUAAGCGUAGCGGCCGCCGAGGUGGGAAGAACGUUUCCAGUGAGACCAAGAAUGAGAACCCGGAGAAGAAAUCAAUUAACACCGAGAUCAAUAUCAAACAAACGUCCUUAAGCGAAAAUAAGCAAUCUGAAUCUUUACCUAUCAAACAGAAAAUUGAAGUCAGUAAUCCUCCUACCAAGGCAAAUGAGGUAAGCAAUAAAGCCCGUGCCGCAGUGCCUACCUCCUACGAUGUUCAUACCCUUCUCAUUGUAGACAAGUGUGCCAGCGGCAAGCCUGAUAUCGUGGUUACCGACCCCAACACGGUAGUACUUCAGAAGAAUGGUAGAAGCGAGACCUUUGAAUGCGAUGAGGCUCUGCAUCGUGCUAAAACGUCGGAGGAAGUUGAUUCCGUCCUUUUUUCUGAUCUCCGUUCCAACUGGCUUGCGGGGCACUGUUCCUCGAUUUUGUGUUGCGCUGGAAAAGGCAAGGACAAAGACGCCAUCGGUAUUGUUCACACUAUGGUGAAGAGGAGCCUGGAGAGGCUAGAGAAGGCACCCAUCACCACAUUCGACGUCAGCAUAAACAUGUGCCAGCUGCGCGGGGCGAAUCAAGGCCUUGACCUCUUCAAUGACACCACCAACUAUGAGAACCUGAAACUAGGCUCUCAUCCUGUCUACGGCCCGUGCUUGCUUGGGCUCACGACAAAGGUGGUACGUACUGCGAAGGAUUGCGUGAAUGCGCUUGAGGAGGGCAUUGCGAAGGCACAGAGGAUGGAUGAAAUUACUACCGCUUUCUUGGUGCUGAAGACAGCUCGAAAGAGUUCCUCGAGCAUAGACGUGUUUCUUUCCUCUCUAUGCAUUGUUUACAUGCAUGAAACGCCACGGCAUAUUACGGAGCUUAAGGAUAAAGCUUCUAUGUCUCCCCAUCGCAUUUUUCGCUACGCUGUAGGCGGCGCUUGUGUCUGCGUCAGCAUGGUAGUUUUGGAUGAGAAAGACACCGAUGCUUUGGCAUGCUUGGAAGCUGAACGCAAGGUUCGGGAAGUUAAAAAUAAGCCGCCCCGUAGCGGAAACGUGCGUAGAUUCAUUGAGUUCACGGAUAAGGAAAUUGUACGUCAGAAAGAAAAGCUGUCAUCUUCCUCAGGAACGGAGCUAUCACAGCGUGAGAUGCAGAUCAAACGUAUGGAGGAUAUGUUAGAGGAUGCACGGUCGGUUUUAAAUGAUCCGGCGCAUAGCCAAGUGAAGGGUUAUAUCUUGUCCUGA